AUGGCGGACUGGGAAGCUCUCUGCUAUUUCCGCCAGCAACGGUGCGCGAAAGAGGUGGUACAACUUGUUGCCAAGAGUCAUGGUGGCCAAUUUAACGUCGAUGCUCAGCAGUUUCUGUUGAGGCAUUGCAUAUGCGACUCUGUGUGCCAAGUGCACCCCCCUUCUCCAGCGUACUUACGCAGAGUUUUGAAAUACGGCAUCCAAAAGGCAGAAGAUCAGCGCAUGGAUUUAUGUGAGGAGCUUUUGAAGCAAUACCUUUCAUGCAUGAGCAUGGCCACAGACGCUACUGGGGGAUCAUGGUGCUUCAAGAGUUUCAGUUAUGGGCCUGCUCUGAAGGUGGAAGAAGAUGACAGAGUUGGCACCAACCUCCACAUAGCUUGCAGUCAACCCCCAGACACAGAUCCAAAAGUUGGCUAUCGUGCGCAUGAGCUGAUAACCUUGCGUGUCUCAGAAAACAUGUUGGAGGGUGCCACAGGUUGCCACCCAUGGGAAGCAGGAUUCCUUCUUGGGGAGUUUAUACUGAAUAACCCAGUGCUGUUUUCAGGUAGGAGCAUUCUGGAAUUGGGCAGUGGCACUGGUCUGGUUGCAGUGUGUCUGGCAAGAGUAGGUGCACGACUGGCUAUCCUGACUGAUGGGCAGCAGAAGGCAGUGGAAAACUGCAGGCACAACCUUAACCUCAAUGGUAUCAAGCACACGGCAGUUGAUCCUAGCCUCUUGGAUUUCAGGAAGUGUGUGGUAAGUUUGAUGAGCUCAGUUGGGAGUGGAUGA